UUGGGAUUUUAUAACGCUAGGGGUUCGAUCUAAUAACCGACAUUUUGCCAUUGUUUCUUUAUGAGAAAACCAGAGAAUGUUUCUGAUGGCAUAAAUAAAUUAUUUACUUGUAAGCAAACAAGCUGGCUCUUCGCAUGUAACUAUUUAAUCUCGGUCGUUCUGUCGAUAUUACUUCAUGUCAUGUUGACGCCAUGAUGAUUCAAACUAUUUAAAGUAUCUCUAACACCCUAUAAUUUCGCGACUGUUAUGAAAUUCUGUCUUUUUUCAAACUUUUCUGGGAAAAAUAUCAGACCAAAGGAAGUUUCGGGUUUUUUUGGCUGCAUUUAACCAAAGUUUGUUGGGUACUUCCCCAGCACCUACAACUCUUCAAAGUUAGGGAAGCAGGCCGUUUAAACUAAAGAAAAUAACCUGUAACAAUUUCAUCUUGACUUGCUGUGCAAUUUUUAAUUAGCUUACUUCGUUCGAACUGUUCACUCCUAAUACGCGUUUUUACGCAAAAAUCUAAAUGGCUUACUAUCUUGAUACAGACAAGGAUGAAUCCAACUAUAUUCCUCAUGGUGUCGAUAUUUCAGGCGAUUACAACCAAGAAGUCAAUGCCACCGGGAAUUCUCUCGAUCAAGUCGAAGCACAAUGGAUGGCAGAAUUAAAGCAAGUUGAAGAUGAAAUUCAAACUCUUCGACAAGUUUUAUUAUCUAAAUUUCGUCGACAACAAUUUUUAAAGCGUCAACUUGGUUUAACACCAAUCGAGGAACUUAAAACUGAAGUGAAACAAGGUUUAGAUACUUUACUAACUAGUGAUGCAUAUCUGAAAACAACAGCAGUUGUAAAAACUGCUAAGGAUAAAACAUCAGCUGCAUUAUUUGAAAAAUGGAAUUUACUACGACAAACGAAUACAUACAAAUCUUUGGAGAAUAAAGUCGGUACCGCAUAUUCCAAUGUUUAUGGAAAAUUGACACGUUCUAAAACCCUAUCAAGUGGUCAUGAAAAUAUAGGCAAUUUUCAAGGUACUACUGCUACUACUACUACUACUACUGCUAAUACCACAACAACACCAAUAACAUCAAAGUCUUACAAUGUAGGAAUGAAUGAUCAUAAUGAUACUGCAGUUCCUCAAUCAAUACCAGUAAUCUCAUCAUCAUCGUCAUCAUCAUUCAAUCGCAACAAUCAAACUGGUCAUGAUUAUCAUGAGAAUAAUGUAGAAUUAGGUGAAGAUGAAAAUGAUACUGCACAACUUGAUGAUAAUUUACUCAAUGACGAUAUGGUGUUACUUUCAAAUAGAAUUGAUAACGAGAAAUAGUAAUCAUAAUCAUGAUAAUAAUAAUAAUCAUUGUAAACCUCAACCAGUUCAAAAGUAUCAUUAAUCAUUAAUCCGGUUGCUCAAUUUAACGAACUCUCUUUCAUGAUGACUUGAAAUUCUUCUUUUUCUAUGUUUUUAAGCUUUUUGUGAUAUAUAUAUAUACAUACAUUAACCAUUUUCCAAUGAAAAGAGAGAGAGAGAAAUUGGUGUUAAUUGAUGCCCCGACAUAUCAAAUGGUCUUUUUUCGGCUCUAUAGGUAACAUUGUUUACCCUCUCAUGUGAUUGGUUUUUUAAAAGGGCAGUUGUGUUCCACACAUAGACGUAUGCAUACAUACACAUUUACAUUUGUGAAUUUCAAAAAAAAAUUUCUCUUAUCUACAUAGUUUCUGUGUUAUUUUGUCUUUAUUUAUAUUUAAGGAAUAUGAAACAUUUUUUCGGUUGUUAGAAUUCAUUGAUGUUAGUACGCAGAAUUUAGGUAACGCGUUGGAAUUGUACGCAAAGUAGUAAUAGGUGUAUCAUCCACUCGUUUCUAAAUCCCAGCAUUCUUUCAUGUGUAACUUCGCACCGUGUCUUUCUGAACUCGAUUCGCAAUGUUCCGUGUUUGUUGUUAUUUCUGCCACUUAAUGAUAUUUCAGUCUUUCUUGCAACUGAUCUUGUAAAUGUUUUGUGCUAAUGUAGUGUAGCCAUCUGUGAUAAGCCUCAUGUUGCUGAC